GUAUGAUGACGUCGUUAUAGAGCGCCGCAGAAGCUAAACAUCUAUUAACGUUAGCUCAUGAUUUGUGAGGAGGUUAUUGUAAUGGUUGAUAUUUGAUCUUGUUAGAUGGUCCAGCAACCGCCCCGGUGCCGAGUAGUUGUUUGGUUCCGUCUCAGCCGGCAGUCGUUAUGGCAGAGGAGGGUGAUUUAUCACCCAGCCUUCUGACAGAGGAUAUAAAACACAGCAAUGGCGACUUCGUGCCUCCAGAAGGUCUAUGCUGGGUGUCAGUGCUGUCCUGUCUGCUGCUGGCUUGUUCUUAUGUUGGCAGUUUGUACGUAUGGAGGAGUGACCUGCCGAGGGAUCAUCCCACUGUCAUAAAGAGACGCUUCACCAGUGUACUGAUCGUGUCGGGCCUGUCUCCUCUCUUUGUGUGGGCAUGGAGAGCGUUCACAGGUGUCAGGACUGGCCCAUCAUUACUGGCCCUCAUGGGGAUCCGGCUUGAAGGCCUCAUUCCUGCCAUCGUACUUCCUCUGCUGCUCACCAUGGUACUGUUUCUGGGCCCACUCAUGCAGUUGGCGAUGGACUGUCCCUGGAGCUUCAUGGAUGGGAUCCAGGUGGCCUUUGACCCGUGGUUCUGGAUGUUGUGUUUCAGUGACAUGCGCUGGUUGAGGAAUCAGGUGGUGGCACCGUUAACAGAGGAGCUGGUGUUCAGGGCAUGCAUGCUGCCCAUGUUGGUGCCCUGUGCUGGUCCUUCCAUUGCCAUCUUCACCUGCCCCCUCUUCUUUGGCGUAGCUCACUUCCACCAUGUGAUCGAGCUGCUGAGGUUCAGACAGGGGACGCUAUCCGGGAUUUUCCUCUCUGCAGUGUUCCAGUUCUCCUACACAGCCGUGUUUGGGGCCUAUACUGCCUUCAUUUUCAUUAGAACAGGUCACCUUGUGGGUCCGGUGCUCUGCCACUCCUUCUGUAAUUACAUGGGUUUUCCCGCUAUCAGCGCAGCAAUGGAGCACCCCCACCGCCUCACUGUCCUCUCCUCCUACCUGCUGGGGGUUCUCCUCUUCCUCCUCUUGCUCUUUCCCUUCACUGACCCCUCCUACUACGGCCUCCCCACACCAGUCUGCACCCUCACCUUCUCCCCCAGCUCCCUCUGCCUCUCCUGAUCCCUGCCCCCACACACUUCUCUGCUGGUGUCACAUCACCUACUACUGAUGAAGCAGUUAAGGGUGGGGGUUUUUUUUGUUUUGUUUUUUUAGGGGUCAUGGCAGGUCCAGUUUGGACAGACAGCACUAACAGCUAUGUGUGCUAAGUUGCCAUGGAGAGGUGGGGAAAUCUGUAGCCAUGUUCUGUGGUCUAUGGACCCUUGAAAUGUCAAUACAUUUUCAUGACAUAUUUCAAUUAAUCAGCUGAUGCUGAUCAGCUGAUACAGAGUUUAAGCAGGUGGAGGUUUAUGUUGCUGCGAGUGAGCCCCAAGAGCAUCCAGGUCCAGGACAGCUUAUGUGAUCUUUGGCCUGCGCUGCCACCCUGAUACAUGAUUUUAAUGUAGUUCUAACACUGAAGGACAAUUCCUCCUCCUCAGAUCCUCUUAUGCUGAUCGAGCUCAUCAGUUUGUGGUGGAGCAUUAUAAUGUACCUUUCUGGUGUACAGAUGUACCACUCAGCCUGCCUCGUGUUUUUAAAGGAUGAUUCUGGUUUAUUACAAGAUUUCGGGAUUGUCCUCAUAUCUGUCAGUAAUAAUAAAAGUUAUUGCAGCGAUCUGGAAACAAAGAGACAUCACACAGAAGUCCAGUCGGACAGGUUUUAAACAAAAUCCCAGUUUAGUCAGCAUGAUGUGGAGAAGGCAAAGAGGAAGAGCAACAUUAUUACCCAAACUGUCUGUUGUAAACAUCAGUCCACUUCCUGAAUCAUCUCUGACUGAGUGCACCUGUAGAAGUUAUUGCCAUAAUGGAGCUGCAGCUGACAAUUAUCUUAGUUAUCAGUUAAACUACAGAUUAUUUUUCAAUCAUAAUUUAAGAGGCCAAGGUGAUAAGACAAGACAAAAAUAUAAAUAAUCACAUCCGAGAAAAUAGUGUAGGAGUAUUUAGGGUUUUAGGAAUUACUGAAUUGGUUCCACCCUAGCGGACAUGGUUUUCAUGUGCAAUGAAACUACUCGACACCAACAAAUCAUAAUGGCUUCUAUAGUUGACCAACUUUAGCUUAUUACAGAUCUAUUGCAUUCUGUAUGCUGGAAUGAAUAAGAAAUUCCAGAAAUGCCAAAUAUGUUUGAGGCAAUUUAAGAGCAGUACUCACCCAAGGCAGCACCCUGUUCUAUGUAAGCCACUUGAAGACAACGCCAGAAACGCUGGUGGUGUCGCCAAGCAUGUCAUUUCAGGUUAAUGCCUGUUACUGCCACAGGCUGUGAUGCCAUCCUAUUUUUCACCAUCAGUGCUGUGAAACUGUUCUGUUAACAUACCUUACUGCUGCAUUGUGUGUCCAAAUCUUUAGUUAUUUUAAGAAAUUAUAUAUAAAAAAAAACUGGCCAAUAUUCCAGAUGCUUUUAAACGGUGACAUGUUGAUAUUGGUGUUGGCCAAAUAAAUCCAGAAUUGAGUAGUUUAUUUCACAUUUCAGUUAGACUUCAGUUUGACCUUCAAUCAGAAGGGGUUUAGAUAAUCUGGACAGACUGAUGGUUUGUUCCCAACCUGUCUGAUCAUCUGACUGCUCAUAUUUCUUAACCAUUAGCCAAAACUAUGAAAAUAAGAAUAGCUGUAGAGUUCUUCUACCAGACAGGGCUCCACAAAGCAUAGGAGUUCAGGUCGGGUUGGAGCCAUUAAAAAUAUACAUCUUCAGGUCUUGGGUCAGCUUUGUAUUUUGAAUUUGGCAGUACAAGUUGGGUUCAGUUGACUCUAAAAAGAAGCUGCUGUAGGUCUGGUUUGCUUCCAAAAUUUUAGGCCCCUACAGAACUCGACCAAGGCAUAAUAAACCAGAAUGAUCCUUUCAUGCCUUUGAGCAUUUCUUGGGGGAGACAUGAAAUCAUUGCUUUCAGCAUAGAGGGUUGUUGGAGAGACAGUGCUCACAACCCACACAUGUGUAAUGGCUGCAUUGCAUUCUGGUCUACAGAGGCUCAUAGAGAUGUUAGCAUCUUUGCAAAUAAUCCUGCUGUGGCUGCAGUAAAGUACAGAAAUGUUGGUGUGAUUUUGAAAUAGGUACAGGACUAUCAUCUAUAUUUCGUUUUUAAUGUUUGGAGCUUGUUGUUGAAAGUGACAUUUCAGCUGGAUUACUUUCUUUGUGUUCAUACAUCAGAACUCUGCUGUUUAGAGAAAUGUUCUGCUGGAAUCGGUCAGUGUUUUGUACGAUACAAUAAUAAUUUUGUACGAUAUUUAUAUACCUCUGCAUGUUUCACUGCUGUUAGUUGUUUUGUUGGUGAAGGUGGGUGAUGGGAUAACUUGGGGGGGGCAGUGUUCAUAAUGCCUAAAACAUACUCUAUUUAAGUGCACCAACACAAACGGUUGUACAUACUCAGAUGAUUAAGGUGUACUAUAUGUCCUCGGGGAGGUAAAAUACAUAAUUUCUCAAGCGGGUCAUACAGAGUGGUGAAAAUGGGCUGUUAAAGCAGGCAGUUUCAUUCUGUUGGUUGUAGACCCCCUAGCUGUGAUACUGAAUUAUGUUAAGGGACUGGUCACACCAGCAUUUGUAACAUUUAGCUUGUGGAGGCAAAGUCAGUAUGUGUAGAGUUUGACUUUGUGAAUUUGCGUCAUAUACUUUUUACAAACUUACUUGUUGGCACUGACCUCUGAGCACGGCUAGAUUACCAACUGAGCAAAGCGGGCAACUGCCCAAGGGUCUGCAAAGCCCCCAGGUUCACUGUGUCAGUUUGUUUUAUAUCAUUUGUGUCCUUACACAAAGUAUGUUUGGGUCCUAAAGCUGGAGAUUUUUAUAUGUUUUAAACCUCCAGUGAGGAACUUUACUUUGAGGUCCUAAAAUGGCCUCUAAGACUUGUUUUCAUGUGCCAGUUGAGAGUUUUUCUCUUCCAAAAUAUCCAUUCUGAGCAUCUUGUCCACAUUUCCUAACUAGUCACUAUUAAAACUAUUUGGUUGCACAAUU